CUUAAAUGAACAAAAAAGGCAAUCACAGCUUUUUGUAGACAGCAGUUUUCAUUUAAUUAUGUUUUUUAUUAAAUCUAGUUGGUUAAACUGAUCUAACGUUUUGUCAGAUACAUAAUAAAAAUGUCGAAAGAAUCUAAGAGAACAUCUUUAAAGUUACGCGAUAUAAUACUGGGUCGCCAUCUCAGCAAACAGAAAUUGAUUCGGAUUUAUCAACCGACGUAUCAACUAGAGUCAAGAAAAAGUUUUAACCCUGAAGAUGUUAAGAAAAUACUUCAACAGCACAUCGACUCCGAAUUGCAAGAGGUCGAAUACAACGAAAAAGUAAUUCCUGAUUUGUGUACUAGUCUUGCUGAAAACAUUAGAACAAUUAUUAAAGAGCAAGCUUAUGAUAGGUACAGAAUAAUAGUGUCGGUGUCGAUUGGCCAGAAGCGGCAGCAGAGCGUUCACGUGUUCCACUCCUUCCUUUGGGACCAUCAGAGAGACGGAUUUGUUGCGCACAACUUUGAAAAUUGUCACAUCUUCGCAAAUAUUGUUGUAUAUGGUAUUUAUUUAGAUUAAUUCGAAUAAAUAAUGUUUAU